AUGUCCGCGUUUGUCACCGACCUCUUCCAGUCCAUCUUCACGCCGGGUCCCACGUCCAGCCUGAUCGUCGCGACCAAUGCCUCUUUCGCAGCGCUUCAGCUCGUCCUCUUCCUCCUUCUCCUGGCGACCUACAGCAUCCACUUCGUGGUCCUCUCGUUCCUAAGCGCCUCGCUGUGGUGGGCGAUCAACUGGUUUGUCAACGAGCUCAACAUCGCGAAAGCCGAGGAGGAGAAGAAGAAGAAACGGCUGGAGGAGACCGCUGCCGGGGACGAUACAGAGACGGAAGCGGAGACGGUGAUAGAGACAGGUAAAGGGGGUGCGGGGUUCGGCAGCAAGGAGGUCGAGGUGGUGGCUCAGACAGGGCAGCUGAAGGAUCGCGCGGAUUCGGGGAGCAAGUCUGAGAUUAGCACGGAGGAUGAAUGGGAGAGGGUCUCGGAGAACGAGAAGGAUAAAUGA